GUGCGCGUAGGGGGCGGGGCCACGCGCAGAGAGUGGGGAGGUGGGCAAGAUGGCGCCUGCCGAGUGAUUCUUCUCGGAUCCCUCCUGCCGGCGCGGAGACACCGGGGCGGGGGUCCUGCCGCCACCACCUCCCUUCCUCCUCUCCCCCGCCCCCGGAGCCUUCCUCCUUCCUUUUCCCCCUCCACCUCGGGGGGGCGGGCCUGGUUCCCAGGACACCAUGUCGGACUCUGAGGAGGAGAGCCGGGACCGGCAACUGAAAAUCGUCGUGCUGGGGGACGGCGCCUCCGGGAAGACCUCCUUAGCUACGUGUUUUGCUCAAGAAACUUUUGGGAAACAGUACAAACAAACUAUAGGACUGGAUUUCUUUUUGAGAAGGAUAACAUUGCCAGGAAACUUGAAUGUUACCCUUCAAAUUUGGGAUAUAGGAGGGCAGACAAUAGGAGGCAAAAUGUUGGAUAAAUAUAUCUAUGGAGCACAGGGAGUCCUCUUGGUAUAUGAUAUUACAAAUUAUCAAAGCUUUGAGAAUUUAGAAGAUUGGUUUACUGUGGUGAAGAAAGUGAGCGAGGAGUCAGAAACUCAGCCACUAGUUGCCUUGGUAGGCAAUAAAAUUGAUUUGGAGCAUAUGCGAACAAUAAAACCUGAAAAACACUUACGGUUUUGCCAGGAAAAUGGUUUUAGUAGCCACUUUGUAUCAGCAAAGACAGGAGACUCUGUCUUCCUGUGCUUUCAGAAAGUUGCUGCUGAAAUCCUUGGGAUCAAAUUAAACAAAGCAGAAAUAGAACAGUCACAGAGGGUGGUGAAGGCAGAUAUUGUAAACUACAACCAGGAACCUAUGUCAAGGACUGUUAACCCUCCUAGAAGCUCUAUGUGUGCAGUUCAGUGAGCACAUUUUGCUUUUGUGUUGAUAGUUCUAGUUGCCCUUCACCUCCGGGUGGGCCCGAGGACUUCUAGGAACUUGUUUUAUCAGUGACCAUCUCUGUAGUUCAGUUAGCACUUUCCUCCCAACUUGCUUAAUCAUUGCUAUUGCCUCACAGUGGCAAGGCAGCUCCUUGGAUUUGAAAGAAUUCGACUUUGGGACCACACACUUUGAAUUCAAAAUGGAAAACCCAUUCCCUGGAAUUAGACUGCUUCGUUGCAAAAGAAUGAUGUUGCUUCUUUGUAUGUCCUUGCUUCUUUUUUCAGUGAUGUAAAUUUUUUUAACUUAAUAUGAAAACUCUCCAAGUCUUGAUCAUCAGCCAGGAUUUUGCCACAGCAAUUUCAUUCUCUUAUCGGAACUUGUAUGUGUCAAAGUAUACUUCAGAGUGCAAACAUUAAGCAAGUAAUAUAUUUUACCUACAGAUACUUAUGAAGACAUUCUUUCGCUAUCUAUUGUGAGUAAAAGUAUAUAAAGCUGUAUCUAACUGAAAAUGCUUGAAAUAAGGCUGUAAUAGAAAUAUUUUUCAUUUUUUAAAAAGGGGCCUAAAUUGUUUAUAUUGUAGUUUGUAACUCACAAAGUAGUAUUUGAUAUUGUAUUUUUAUUACUGUAUCAUUGUCAUUAUGUAUUGUGUAAUACUCAGGUUUGAAGGCUUUCUGAAUUUUGAUAAAUGUUCAGCUGAUGCCCCACAUGGAAUUUCUCUUGCAAACUGCAUAAGAGUACUCCCGAGAAUGAGUUAUGACAUUGUGGAUCAGACUGUACCUGAUGUUCAGAUGUUUUUCUUUCACAAAUAAAUUUAUUUAAAUUA